ACUCUAAACUUUCCAUUUCUAAAAAAAAGAUUUAAAAUUUUUACAUUUUCAUUUUUCAGGGAAAGAGUGAAUCCAUCAAAGUAUAUUGUGUAUCCUGUAUCCCAAGAAAACCUAGAAUUGAGCUCGUGGAGUUCUGGCUGUAAACUUCUCAUUUUGCAGGAAAAUUCGUCAGAUAGUUUUGUGACUGGAAUAGAUGAAUAUAGAAAUACUGGUGGUCAAGUUAUCAAAAUACACAAGUUAAAUAGUGUUACAAUAGGGAAAGCUUUACUGGAUGCUGAAAUAGAUGUUAUAGAUGAAUCUACGCCAAACCUAACCACAGUGUCAAACUCAAACGGAUUCUUUCAUAGUUUCUCUUCAGAGGAUUUCUUUCUUCACGAUCAAAUAAAGAAGAAACUUAAAAAUCAAACUCUCUCAAUAGGAAAAUUUGAUCUAAGAUUUGAUAAGGAUGACAGAGAAGUAAAAGAUAAUGACUCUACACUGAUUCUCCGUCCUGGGAACCAAGAUCCGUCAUUCCACUUUGAGCAAUACUCAUCCCAUCUUCAAACCAGAGAAAUUGGCAGAAACAUUUUUCAUUUCCAGCGAAUCAGUUCUACCAUGGAUAUUCUGGGUGGAGCAUCUCUUGUGCCUGGUCUGGUUGUGUUGGCUGAUCAGCAGACUCUAGGGCGUGGCCGGGGCGGGAACUUGUGGAUUAGUCCCCCAGGCUGCGCUAUGUUUUCUCUUCAGCUUCAAUUGAACCUAGUCUCUAAUAUGGGAGCUAAACCUUCUCUUAUUCAGCAUAUAGUUGGAUUAGCAGUUGCUGAAACCCUAAGAAGUUUUCAUAACCAAUUCGAGGUUCGACUGAAGUGGCCGAAUGAUAUUUAUUAUAAAGACCAGGUUAAGCUUGGAGGAGUGAUUGCUAACUCUAGUUUCCUGGGUUCAACUAUUAUUGUCAAUAUCGGAUGCGGAGUAAACCUGAAUAACCUGGAACCUACCAUCAGUGUAAACAACAUUCUCUCAGGGUUGGGUUCAGCUCCGAUCUCAAGAGAAGCUUAUCUCUCAGUGCUAUUCAACACCUUGGAGAACCUGAUAGAUUUGUACAACCAGGGGAACCAGGAUAUACUCUUUCAGAGAUAUUACAAGUAUUGGUUGCAUGAGAACCAGGAGAUCAAACUGGAAAUAGAACCGGAAAACAGUCAGAAUAAAUGCAGUAGAGUGGACAUUGUUAAAAUCGUCGGCCUGGACGAAUUUGGAUAUCUCCGUGUCAUGGAGGAAAACGGACACGAAUUUUCCGUCCAUGAUGACAGAAACAGUUUUGAUAUGACGAAAGGACUGAUCAGACCUAAAUUUUCUUGAUGAAUUUGGUGGUCGAUAUAUUUCUUGCAUUUAAUGUUUUUACAUUUUCAGA